UUUCCUCCCUGACACCGCCGAGGUCGCACGCGCGAGGCCUCUCCGCCGCCGCCGCCGCCGCAGACGCCGCAGCGAUGCGCUACGUCGCCUCCUACCUGCUGGCUGCCCUCGGGGCUAACCCCUCCCCCAGCGCCAAGGACAUCAAGAAGAUCUUGGACAGCGUGGGCAUCGAGGCGGACGACGACCGACUCAACAAGGUUAUUAGUGAGCUGAAUGGAAAAAACAUUGAAGACGUCAUUGCCCAGGGUAUUGGCAAGCUUGCCAGUGUACCUGCUGGUGGGGCUGUGGCCGUCUCCGCUGCCCUAGGCUCUGCAGCGCCCCCUGCUGGUUCCGCGCCUGCUGCAGCAGAGGAGAAGAAAGAUGAGAAGAAGGAGGAGUCUGAAGAGUCAGACGAUGACAUGGGAUUUGGCCUCUUUGAUUAAAUUCCUGCUCCCCUGCAAAUAAAGCCUUUUACACAUAUAUAAAAAAAAUAA